AUGCCAGCCGAGACAGAAGGAUACUGGGAUAUAAUUGUAACAUCAUUGCAGGAUAUCUGUAACGCUAAUGAAGCUACGUCCUUCGAUAAUAAGUUCAAGCCGUAUUUGCUGCGAAGUCUAGACAAUGAAAACUUGGAGGAGUUGAAAUCAGAGGUAUUUGAGCACAAAUCUAAUGUUAGCACGUCGAAACGACUUGUCAAUACGUCUCAGCAGAACUUAGGAAUCCUCAUUGAAAAGUUAAAGGCUGAAGCCGAGACAUCUGCUACUACAGUAGCUUCUGGAGGAAGUGGAAAAUCUGCUGCUAGCGGAAAAUCAAAUGCGUCAAAAGCUAAUGGUUCAUCUCCGAUGAUAGCUAAGAGAGGCAGCGGUAAGUCUAGUAGUGGCUCUAAAGGUGGAAGUGGCAAGUCCUUCUCAAAGGACAACAAGAAAAUAACGAAAAAGGCGGGCCGACUGUACUAUACAUCGAUGUACAAUCCAUCAGAACCCAUUUACGUUGGAUCAGAAGUUGUCUAUAAAUUGAAAAAUAGGCAUGCUGAGGAAUGGAUUCAGUGUGAAGUGAUGCGGGUCAUAGGAGAUGGAAUUAAAUUUGAAAUAAGAGACCCGGAACCCGAUGAAAAUAAUAAUAUCAACCCAACUUUUAAGGCAAAUUACAAGGAAAUACUAUUGAUUCCACCUUUGAAUGAAGUACCGGACUUGGUUAAUUAUACUUACGGUUGUAAAGUCUUGGCAAGAUAUCCAGAAACUACAACAUUUUACACGGCUGUAGUGGUGGGAAAUAAGAAAGAUGGAAAAGUGAGAUUGAAAUUUGAUGGAGAGGAUGAAAUCAAUAAAGAGACCGAAGUAGAGAGGAGGUUGGUGUUACCAUUCCCGGAAAAGUAG